AUGUCUGGGACUGGGAGUGGGAAUGGAUCAGAUUCAUCAAAUGUCAAUACAGGCACAUCCACAGGUGCAGCAAGCAGAAGCAAAAAUGCUCCAGGAAAUAGGACUGAUAUUGGGUGGAAGCAUGGGACAGAUGUUUUAGGGAAUGGUAAAAAAGUUAAGUGCAACUACUGCUCAAAGAUCAACAAUAGGGGAAUUUUCAGAUUUAAGCAUCAUCUUGCUGGGACUAGAUGGGAUUUUGAACCUUGUGCUUCAGUGCCUGAAGAAGUUAAGAUGCUUAUGAUGAACGUUGUUGCAGAGGUUGCAAAUGCAUCAGAGAAGAGAAGAAAGUUGAACAAUAUUCAUGAAGAAGGUACUGAGGGAGUGGAAGUGGAGUCAAAUAGUAGUCAAAGUGGAAUACAACGGAAAGGGAUGCUUGCUUUCAAAGGAAGAGGAAAAGUAAAAUUUGUUCAGGCUAGUGGUGGUGAGGGAGUUCAAGCAACUUUAGAUCAGUUAUAUAAAAAAGGUGACAAAGAUAAAGUUGAUGAUCAAUGUGCUGAAUUUUGUCCAAAAGGGACUGUAUUUCUUUAUUCAUUGGAUACCUCAGACAUCUCAAAAACAGCUGACAAAGUGUUGAAGAUGUUGGAUGAUGUAGUGGAUUUUGUUGGAGAGGAGAAUGUAGUGCAAGUGAUAACUGAUAAUGCUGCAAAUUACAAAGCAGCUGGAGAAUUGUUGAUGCAUAAACGAGAGAAUUUGUAUUGGACCCCAUGUGCUGCUCAUUGCAUUGAUUUAAUAUUUGAAGAUUUUGAGAAACAUUUGAAGGUUCAUCAGACUACUAUAACGAAGGGAAGAAGGAUCACCACCUACAUUUAUGGUAGAACAAUGUUGAUUAGCAUCAUGAAGAAGUUCACAAAUGGAAGAGACUUGAUUAGGCCUGGUAUGACUAGAUUUGCCACAACUUAUUUAACUUUAGCUUGCCUUCAUGAAUUGAAAGCAUCAUUAAUGAGCAUGUUUAGCUCUGAAGAGUGGAAAACAAGCAAGUUUGAAACUUCACAAGAGGGAAGAAAAGUACAGAAUAUGGCUUUGGAUAGUCGAUUUUGGAAGAACAUAACCAUGUGCCUCAAAGUUGCUGCCCCUCUUAUGGUGGCCCUUUGA